CUCCCCCCCUCUCCUCCUCCUUUAGGUGCACACUUUUUCCUGUGCCUUUCCCUCUGCACUUCGGUGACAAUGGACCCACAGAGGGGAAGCGGUCGGACCUCCCUCCUCCAUGUCCUGGUGCUGCUGCCUCUCGCCGCCGACAUCUGCUCCUCCGUCUGUCCGGAGCGGCGGCUGCAGUCCCGGGAACAGGCGGCCAAUGUGGUCUUAACGGGGACGGUGGAGGAGAUCGUCAAUCUGGAUCCGGUGCUCGAUACCUACUCCUGCAAGGUGCGGGUGUGGAGGUACUUGAAAGGCAAAGAAACCCUGAAGAACGAGCUCCUGUUGGAUGGCAACAAGGUGAUGAUUUGCGGCUUUGGCGAUCCCUCAAUCUGCGACAACCAGGUGUCCACCGGCGACACGCGGAUAUUCUUUGUGAACCCGGCUCCAGAGUUCAUGUGGCCGGCUCACAAAAACGAGCUGAUGCUGAACUCCAGCCUCAUGAGGAUUACCCUGAGAAACCUGGAGGAGGUGGAGAACUGUGUGGAAGACAAACCCAUGGCGCACUUCACUCCCGCCUCCCCAACAUCCCAGGACGUGUGCCGUGGUGUCCUCUGCGGUUUCGGAGCCGUCUGCGAAAGGGACACGAAGGAACCGACCAAGGGAAUGUGCGUCUGCAAGAAAAGCCUGUGUCCUUCCGUGGUGGCUCCGGUCUGCGGCUCAGAUUAUUCCACCUACAGCAACGAGUGUGAGAUGGAUAUGGCCCAGUGCACACAGCAGCGCCGCAUCAAAGUUAUCAGCAAAGGACCUUGUGGCUCGAAGGACCCCUGUAGUGAGGUGAGCUGCAGUUACGGCAGCACGUGCAUCCAGUCUUCGGACGGGCAGUCGGCCAAGUGUAUCUGCCCCACGAGCUGUGAGAGGAAAGUGGAGAAAGCCGUGUGCGGCAGCGACGGGCAGGACUACAGGAACGAGUGCGAGCUGAACAUGUACGCCUGCGACCGGCAGAAGAACCUGUACAAAAAGCACAACGGACCUUGCGACCCCUGCAAAGACACGCAGAACGACCUGAAUAAGGCCUGUCGUGUCAAUCCCUGGAAUCUCAAGCCAGAGAUGCUCCAGAGGCCCGAGAACUGCCCUGAUGAUUACGAGCCGGUCUGCGCCGACAACGGGAAAACCUACAGCAACAAGUGCAAGAUGGAGAGAAUCGGGAAACUGAAUGGCAUCAACCUGCAGAAGGUUCGCUCUGGACCCUGUCAGUCUCAGGAUAUCUGUAAAGAAGAGUGCGAGUUUGGUGUGUGUCUGAACCGAAGAGGCAGCCUCAGGUGUUCCUGCGACAGAAUUAUUUGCGAUGGGAAGUACAAGCCAGUCUGUGGCCGGGACAACAAGAGUUACAGGAACGAUUGCGAACUCAAGAAUGCGGAGUGUCGGCAGAAAUCGGCCAUCCCCAUCAAGUACGAAGGGCCUUGUGACCUUAACACUCCAAGCCCCUGUCAGAACUUUACCUGUGAGUUUGGAUCCAAGUGCAUUGUGAAGAACAACCAGCCUGUGUGCGAGUGCCAGCACAGCUGCCAGAACUUCUACGACCCAGUUUGUGGUACUGACGGAGAUACCUAUCCGAACGAGUGUGAACUGGAAGCCAUGGGCUGCACCAACAAAAAGGAAAUCCACAUCAAACACAAGGGGCCUUGCAAUCCCUGCUCGCACUGUCAGUUUGGUGCCAUCUGUGAGACGGGGAAGUGCGUGUGUCCGACAGAGUGUGUCAGCUCCCAGCAGCUGGUGUGUGGCACGGAUGGCAACACGUACGAGAAUGAAUGUAAGCUGAACGUCCAGGCAUGUAUCACGCAGACGGACAUCCAGGUGGCAGCGCACGGGCCAUGCAAGCCGUGUGGCGCCACUGUGUGCUUGUUCGGGUCGGAGUGCGUAAACCUCCAGUGCGUGUGCCCCCAGUGUAAGAGCCUGCAGUCCUCUCCGGUGUGCGGCUCCGAUGGCAUCACGUACCCGCAGCUUUGUGUCCUGCACUUCACCGGCUGUCAGCAAAAGAAGAAAAUCGAGGUGGUGAAGGAAGGCUCCUGUGACGAAGAAUGUGGAUCUGGAGGCUCCGGUUCGGGCGAGGACGGGGAAUGUGGGCAAGAACGCUGCCGGAAGUACGGAGGCACAUGGGACGAGGACAUGGAGGACGACCGAUGUGUCUGUGAAUUUGUCUGUCGGAACGUGCCCUUCAACCCGGUUUGUGGAUCCGAUGGGAUGACGUACAACAAUGAGUGUUCCCUGAGGAAGAGCCGCUGUGAGAAGCAACAGGAUCUCCAAGUGGCCAAGCCUGGGAUCUGUGAGGCUUCUCAGACACCACCCGCUUUGGAACGGCACUGCAGCAACACGGUCUACGGCUGCUGCCUUGACAAUGAAACAGCUGCCCUCGGAGUUGGUCUCGCAGGCUGCCCAAGCACCUGUCAGUGUAACAAGUACGGCUCAUACGGAGGAGGGUGUAUUCCUACUACUGGUCAAUGCUCGUGUAAGCCGGGUGUGGGUGGCCUGAAGUGUGACCGCUGUGAGCCGUCGUUCUGGAAUUUCCGGGGGAUCGUUACGGACGAGAAGAGCGGCUGCACUCCCUGUUAUUGCGAUCCUUUUGGAGCUGUUCGGGAUGACUGUGAGCAGAUGACUGGGAUGUGCUCCUGUAAACCGGACAUCACUGGGAUGAAAUGCAACCAGUGCCCUGAUGGGAGUAAGAUAACCCAGAACGGCUGUGAUAAAGACCCAUCCACUUCCAAAUCGUGUGCUGAUCUUCAGUGCCAGUUUGGAGCAAUCUGCGAAAAGGAGAACGAACAAUAUCAUUGUAAAUGUCCUCUCUCAGUCUGCCCAGAAAAUAAAAAGACCAAGGUCUGCGGCUCUGAUGAUAUAACCUACGCUGAUGAAUGCCAGCUCAAAACAAUUGCUUGCCGCCAGGGCAAAGUGAUCACAAUUGCUCAUCGAGGGUCUUGCCGAGAAACCCUCUUGCCUGUGCCCACAACAAACUAUUCGAGAACAACGGUCCCUUCCACCAAGUCGCUCCAUCAGAUCCCCCGCAAGUUAGAUCUCACCACGUCUCCGAUUACAGCCACGGGAGGAACCAAAGUGACGACCAGCACCAGGUCCACAGCAUCGCCCACGCACACAUCCACUCCGGGUUUCCCCAACAGAUAUGAGCCGCCUGAGCUGUCAGGCAGCGGGGAUUACAGCGGUGACAUGGAAAGCGACGAGGUUGAAGAAAGUGGUGAUGGAGCGAGCGGAGUGGAGACUUCAGGUGAAGACGAGCCUGUAAUUAUUGCCCCGACAGCUGUUCAGAUUGAACGGUCUUCCUGUGAUAACACAGAGUUCGGCUGUUGUCCUGAUGGAAAGACACCCUCCGAUGGUGAGGGAAGCAACUGCCCAGCCACUAAGGUGUUCCAAGGGGUUCUCAUUUUGGAAGAGGUUGAAGGUCAGGAACUGUUCUACACCCCUGAGAUGGACGACCCCAAGUCUGAACUAUUUGGUGAAACCGCCAGAAGUAUUGAGAGUGCUCUCAACGAACUCUUGGGGAAUUCAGACGUCAAGAAAGAUUUUAAGAGCGUCCGGGUUCGUGGUCUGGGCCCAAGCAACUCUGUGCGCACCAUCAUAGAGUUUCAUUUUGAUCCAAGAACAGCCUACGCCUCCCACGAUGUACAAAAGGCUUUGCUACAGCAGAUGAGGUUUUCAAGGAAGAAGUCCAUAAUUGUGAAGAAGCCGGAGCAAGACAACAUCAAGAUCAUGGACUUUGACUGGGCCCCCGUGCUGUUCACCACCACCACCACCACCACAGCGGCCACAACACUGCUGGCGACGACGGUCACAACCUCUCUGGCGACCGCACGCAGACCCACCACGGCGCGUCUCACCACCAAGCGCCCAGCCACCACGAGGUGGCCCGUUGCCGCCCUGCAGACACAGCGACCCACCACCACCACAACUCUCGCCGCCCCGACCACAAAGGCUAACAGCCCCAAGAGGCUUCAGGUCAGCGGGAAAGACCGGGUCAAACCAGCGACCAGCAGACGUUCCAAGCCUUGCGACUCUCAGCCUUGUCUCCACGGGGGCACCUGUGAGGACGACGGGAAGGACUAUACCUGCAGCUGCCCGGCUGGAAAGGGAGGAGCCGUUUGCGAACGAUCCAUUGUUUAUUAUUUGCCGGAGUUUGGAGGAAAGUCUUACCUGGCUUUUAACACGAUGAAGGCUUACUACACCAUGCGGAUUGGCAUGGAAUUCCGUGCCUCGGACAUGGACGGAAUCCUGCUGUACAACGGCCAGAAAAAAGGCAAAGAUUUCAUUUCUCUGAGCCUGGUCAGGGGCCACGUGGAGCUUAGGUUCAACACCGGGUCUGGGGUCGGUAUCAUCACUAGUAAAUCCCGAAUAACGCCUGGCAAGUGGCACAAAGUCAUCGUGAAUCGGAGCCGUCGCAACGGGAUGCUGUCGGUGGACGGGGAGCCACACGUGAACGGGGAGAGCCCUCCGGGAACCGACGGACUGAACUUGGACACCGAUCUGUACCUCGGAGGAGCUCCAGAGGAUGAAAUGGCAUCUGUCGCUGAAAGGACGUCAGUGGCAAAGGGACUGAAGGGCUGCAUCCGGCUCCUGGGUGUGAAUAACCUGGUGUACGACCUGCAGGGGAGCAGCAGCGACGUCCUGUACGGCAGCAGGGUUGGCGAGUGCGGAAACAACCCCUGCCACCCCAACCCAUGUAAGAACAACGGCAUUUGCCGGGUGAAGGAGGCAGAGAUGUUCCACUGCGAGUGCCUCGAAACGUUUUCAGGACCUACCUGUGCCGACGAGCACAACCCCUGUGACCCCAACCCAUGCCAUCCAUUGGCCACUUGCCUGGUGCUGCCCCAGGGUGGGGCGAAGUGUGAAUGCCCGAUGGGGCGCGAGGGAGAGUUGUGCGAGAGAGAAGCUGAGCAGGACAAGGCCUCUACCUUUAUCCCCAUGUUUAAUGGUUUUUCGUACAUAGAAAUGAAUGGAAUCCACACGUUUGUCAACGACUUACUUCAGGUGCUAUCGAUGGAAGUCAUCUUCUUGACGAAGGAUCUCAAUGGAAUGAUAUUUUACAACGGCCAGAAGACUGAUGGGCGUGGGGACUUUGUGGCAUUAAAUCUGCACGACGGUUACUUGGAGUUUAAGUACGAUCUCGGGAAAGGACCAGCAGUUAUCAGGAGUAAGGAACCCAUCAAACUGAACACUUGGACCAUUGUCACCGUUGAACGAAGUGGAAGGAAAGGCUCGAUGAGCAUCAAUAAGGGUGAACCAAUCAUUGGUGAAUCCCCGAAAUCGCGGAAGGUUCCGCACACAGCGUUGAACCUCAAGGAACCCUUGUACGUGGGUGGUGCACCAGAUUUCAAUAAGUUUGCCCGAGCAGCCUCUAUCACCUCAGGCUUUGACGGAGCCAUUCAGAAGCUCACGAUCAAAUCCAUUCCGCUCCUUAAAAAAGAAAACAUCCGAAAAGCCAUGGAGAUCUCCAGCUACCCCGUUCACCCUUGCACAGCCAAGCGCAGUCCUUGCCAAAACGGUGGAAUUUGCAAUCCCAAACUGGAUGACUACGAGUGCUUGUGUCAGCGUGGGUUCUCGGGGUCCCAGUGUCAGAAAGCACUUGAGGAAAAAGCAGCAGGAGAGAGUGAAUCUAUAGCAUUUAAUGGCCGAACAUUCAUAGAAUAUCACAACGCAGUGACAAAGAGUCCUGAAUUCAUGGACUAUCCCUCGGAGCAAAGCGAAAAAGCCCUGCAAGUUAAUUACUUUGAACUGAGCAUCAAAACAGAAGUAACCCAUGGGCUGAUCCUGUGGAGCGGGAAGAGUGCUGAGAAAUCUGAUUACAUUGCAUUGGCUGUCGUUGAUGGGUACGUGCAGAUGGCCUAUGAUCUCGGAUCUAAGCCUGUCAUACUCCGGUCCACUGUUCCAGUCAACACAAAUCAAUGGAUUAGGAUUAAAGCUAACAGGAUACACAGACACGGGACUCUCCAGGUUGGGAAUGAAGCCCCCGUGACAGGCUCUUCCCCUCUGGGGGCUACACAGCUCGACACAGACGGAGCGCUCUGGUUGGGUGGAAUUGAGAAGUUGGCAAUUGGAAACAGAUUGCCUAAAGCCUACAGUACUGGUUUCAUAGGUUGCAUAAAGGAUGUCAUCUUGGACCGUCAGGAACUCCAGCUAGUAGAAGACGCCUUGAACAACCCCACAAUAUUACACUGUCCAGCCAAAUAAUGAACAGGCCUUGCCUAUUGCUGUAAUUAUUUUCUAUUUUUGUAUACUUUUAUUGCUUUUUAUAUUGAAAAGGUUUUGUUGCAGUAUAUCAAGCUGAUCUCACAAGUCAAUCGAACGAUCAAAAUGCCCUAGGCUACAAUAACACUACACAGUUAAUUCACUCAUACUUGAACCUGUGAAACUUGGUGCUGGUGUUAUCUUAUGCCUUCUUUUGAUUAUUUGAUUUAUAAUCUAAGAACUAGUGGUUAGUCUCUCCUUUAUGUAUUGGCAACUGGAAGAGGCAGAUGUUGUAGCUAAAGUAUAUGUUACCUAAAGACCGAACAAAACUAAUGUAUUGACUCAGAUUUGACCCCUUUCCAUUGAAUUAUGACACACUUUAAUGUUACAGUCUGUUUGUUCCUGCGUUUUUAAUAAUUUAUGUGUAAAAGUACAGUUUACAUUUGAUUGUUGUAUUUUUCUUUCAAGGGUUAGAUGUAUGGCAAGACAGAACUAGCCAAAGGCAACAACUGGUUCCGUUUUGAAAGAGUAGUAACCCCAAGGCCGAAGAUGUGAAUUGUUCAAGAAAAAGACGUAUACCUAGAUUAAAAGAGAUGGCUGACUCUCUUUUUGAAACAGGUCCGCUUAGAAUGCCCUUGAAACUUUCUGAAAUCUAAACUACACAAAUAACAUUUUCAACUCCUCUGAUUUUCUCUUGUAGUUCUACAUCAAUUUAUUUUCAAGUGAUUUAACUUUAUUUUACACACUGUCCAAAUACGUUAAACACAGCUGCUUUAUAAUUGUCACAUACUGUACUAACAUUUAUUUGAAGAACUCUGGGGAGACCGAGAUUAGCAGCAACAGACAAGUGUGUAGGUUUGAUCCGUAUUCAGUUUGGGAAAAAAAAGUAAGUCUGUUUACAUCAGAGAUGCUGCUUGUUUAAUCAGUCCAAACAAAUUAGUCAUUUAUUAAACAUUGUAAGAACAAUUUGUUCUUGCUUCUUACUCGUUGUGCAAAAUGGAGAAAAAGCUUUCUCAAAACAGGCACCAUAUUCCUUCAGCUGAUGUUUAAGAAAUAAUUAUUGGUUCUGUGCUGAAGUCUAGCAGACUGAAGUAAAACAUUUGUCUCAUUUCAGUAAAUGAUGCAUGAAAUUAAACAUGGAACCAAACUGUUAGAAAUUAUUGAAUUUGUUAUUCCUUGAAAUCGUAUCAAAAAAGACAAUUUGUGUAAAUGCUACACUAUCCCACGUACAGGAGUAAUCCCACUGUGUUGCCCACUGUGUAUAUUGUAUGUAGUAAAGUACCAAUAUGUAACUGAUCUGUCCCUUGACACUUGUGAGAAUGCAUGUGGCCAGCUGGUGGUCCUUUCGUUUUAAUCAUCUUAGGUUGGGUGGAAAAUGCCUAAUUUUUAAGGUGGAUAAAAGCUGAAGUCUUAUUGGAGAUGACAUUUAAAGGAAAGCAGAGCAUCGUACCAUGUAUGGCAUGUAACUGAGCCAGCCCCAUAAUGUCAUUGUCUUCUUAGCUCCUGCUUGCUGUAAUGUACUCCAUCCAGCCAACGUUCUUAGCCGAUGGAAAGCGCAUGGCACAGACUGUGAGUUUUAUUGCUUAAAACUGUGUCCAUUGGGUGACUUAAAAGUUGCGGUGGGCUGUUGGACAAAUGUAAAACAUUGGCUGAAAAUGAGCUUUGCUGUCAUGAGCUAUGUUUUUCGAAAUAUUCCAAGGAUUUUACAGAUGGCAUGAGUGGCCAUAAAUACAUAAAUAUAUCUUGACUGCUGUAAAAUUUGGUCUCUGCAACAUGCAUUGAUUCAGAUUGUUUUUCAUCAUUGGCAUUACUCAGUGACCUCAGCGUUAUUGUUUCUGCCCCCCCCCCCCCCAUCCUAUACAUGAUCAUUUUUAAACUUUUGCAUAGAAGGUAUUUUUUAAAAGAUCAGCCUUAACAAAUAGUAUAUUCAAAAAAAUCUUUAUACUGUGUUCUAUAACAUUGCAAAGCAUAACAUUGUGUAAGUCUGUGAGGAAGAAGAUUGUCCAAAAUAAUGCAAUUAAGAGGAAAAGGACUGCAUUGCUAGAAUGAAAUGUGUCUGUCUACCUGAAUUAUAGAACCCACAAACAAAAGUAACAGCUGUAGAGGUGAGGAUGAAAUGCUGCCCUAAAAUUUAGAACAUUAAUCAUAAGGCCUGAUAUUUUGUCUCUGCUUCUGCUACUACUGUACUUUGUUUUAUUGUACCCCCCGGAACAAUUACUCCGUGAGAGGAAAUGAGAAUCGAUGUAAAGGCAAUGGAUCUGUGCUCGUCAUCUCACUGUCUGUGGGCAGUAAUUAAGAACGGUUGCAUUUAUCACGGUUCAAGUUAGCAUUGCUGUUCGUGUUGUUCUCGUUCACAUUCAUUUAAAGUGAGGGAUUUUAAUAAACAUUUUAUUCUAGGUUUUAAGUAGUCUUGACCUAUUGCAAUGACUGUUUGAGGACUGCAGUCUGUUGCCUUUCCAAUAUUACUCAUCGCCGUUGCUCGUUACAAGUGGGAAAACUGGUCAUGUUAACGGGAUUGGGGGGGGGGGUGGGGGCACUAAAACAAGCCUCGUCUGUUUCAGCAUUGGGGAAAUCGAUGAAAUAAAACGCAAGCAGAAACAUUCCAAAUGCUUUGUGAGAAAAGGGGGCUUCAGAAAUGCCUUAAAUGCCAAGUUCACUGAUAUUACGGUGAACCUUACCACGCACACAUUGCGUUGUGCAGUUAUUUUAUUUGACAUUUCCCUGCUGUUUUAACUCUAGUGUAAAAAUAUUCGAGCCUUUUUUUUAAAAAAAUUGCUGGUUUUAUUUAUGUUUCCAUAUGGUGUAUUUUCAGGUACAUGACCAUUGUAAACUGCUGUAAUUAAUCUGUCAUGACAACGCAGAGUAUAUGAUCAGCAUGAUGUAACCAUUACUAACUUUAUUACUCGUGUCUUUUGUCCAAUCAUCAUGAAAUAAAGUGAAAGUUCCAAGUA